AUGUUACAGAAACUACUUUUCUCUAUUGCAUAUAAAGCUGUAUGGGCAGCUGCAAGGGCAGUAAUAACGGACGAUGAUGAUGACUCAUUACUGCCCCCAGAACUACCAGGUAAAGAUGAUCCACUGCUGGGUGAUCCAGCGGAUGAAGUUAGUCCUAUAACCGAAGAAAUGUUCUCUUCAUGGUCACUUUUUAUCAUGCUCUUCUUACUGAUCUCUGCUCUUUGGUCAAGUUACUAUUUGGCUCAAAGACGUAUUAGGGCCGUACAUGAGACCGUUUUAUCCAUUUUCUAUGGGAUGAUUAUAGGUCUUAUAAUUAGAAUGAGUCCAGGUCAUUAUAUCCAGGACACGGUUACUUUCAAUUCCUCCUAUUUUUUCAAUGUUCUGUUACCUCCCAUCAUUCUAAAUUCUGGUUACGAAUUAAACCAAGUGAAUUUCUUCAAUAAUUUUGUAUCAAUCCUGAUGUUUGCCAUACCGGGCACGUUCAUAUCAGCUGUCGUGUUAGGAAUAAUCCUGUACAUCUGGACAGCACUGGGUCUAGAAAGUGUCAAUAUCUCCUUCGUAGACGCCAUGUCCGUCGGUGCUACACUUUCCGCUACUGAUCCAGUAACAAUUUUAUCCAUUUUCAAUGCUUAUAAAGUGGAUCCAAAACUGUAUACCGUCAUUUUUGGUGAAUCAUUACUAAAUGAUGCCAUUUCUAUCGUUAUGUUUGAAACUUGUCAAAAAUUUAGAGGACAACCGGCAACAUUUGCAUCCAUCUUCCAAGGUAUGGGCCUGUUCUUCAUGACAUUCUCCAUCUCUUUGUUAAUUGGUGUAUUGAUCGGUAUAUUGGUGGCAUUGAUAUUAAAACACAGCCACAUUAGAAGAUAUCCAGAAAUCGAAAGUUGUUUAAUUUUACUGAUUGCUUAUGAAGCUUACUUCUUUUCAAACGGUUGUCACAUGUCAGGUAUUGUCUCUCUCUUAUUUUGUGGUAUUACCUUGAAGCAUUACGCUUACUACAAUAUGUCAAGACGUAGUCAAAUAACUGUUAAAUAUAUCUUUCAGUUAUUGGCAAGACUUUCAGAAAAUUUUGUAUUCAUUUACCUGGGCCUAGAACUUUUCACGGAAGUCGAAUUAGUCUACAAACCACUUUUAAUCAUCGUCACAGCAAUUUCUAUUUGUAUUGCCCGUUGGUGUUCAAUUUUCCCACUAUCUCGUCUUGUCAAUUGGAUCUUUAGAGUUAAAAGACAGAGGAGUUUACAAAAUGGGGCAUUGGGACAAAAUAUUGCUAUUCCAGAUGAAAUCCCUUACAAUUAUCAGAUGAUGAUGUUUUGGGCUGGUCUGAGGGGUGCCGUUGGUGUCGCACUGGCUUUAGGUAUUCAAGGUGAGUAUAAGUUCACUCUAUUAGCCACUGUGCUCGUUGUAGUUGUGUUGACCGUGAUUAUCUUUGGCGGUACCACUGCUGGUAUGUUAGAAAUACUUAACAUUAAGACUGGAUGUAUAGAUGAAAACGACCAAAGUGAUGACGAGUUUGACAUUGAGGAUAUCAGACCAAACCUCUCAUAUAAUCUACCAGAUUUAUCGACAACUCAUCCAUAUUCAGAUGAGAAUGAUUCACCUGCAUUUUCAACAGAAAACGUGUUGUUAAAUGAUCAAAAUAAUAACAAAACCAGUGUUGGUCCUAAUGAGGCCUCUCGUAACCAGUUUACAAGGCCAUUUGAUUCAAAUAGUAAUGUCCUAGACGCUAAUGAGGAUUAUAGUGGUUCGAGAAUAUCACUAGAUGGUCAAAAUUUAAAGGAGACAAUAGGUAAUAUCUUCAGAUCUGACUCACAAUGGUUUCAAAAUUUUGAUGAUAACAUACUGAAACCUGUAUUUUUAGACACCAACACUCCGGAAAGAGGAGGAACUACACCUAGUACACCUCCUGUUCUAGGAUCGAGAAGAAAUCAAAACUGGAAAUAA